UAGUCUUAUAAUAGCUUUUCUCUGUUCCAAGAGGUUUUCAUUAUUUACACAAAUGAUUUGGGGAAAUUCAGUGGGAAGCGUUAUUGAGAUUUGGCUCUGUGAAUUGACUCUUAGCUUACUUAAACUGUGAAUUUGUUGGUAUGGGUAGCAGUUCUAAGACAAUUAUUUGGUUCAGAAGGGAUCUCAGGAUUGAGGACAAUCCUGCUUUAGCUGCAGCUGCUAGGGAUGGGUCAGUCCUUCCUGUAUACAUAUGGUGUCCCGGAGAAGAAAAGCAGUUCUAUCCUGGUCGAGUAUCAAGGUGGUGGCUGAAGCAGUCCCUUGCCCACUUGGAUCAGUCUUUGAGAUCUCUUGGCGCCUCACUCGUGUUGAUCAAAGCUGAAAGCACUUUUGCUGCCCUUUUGCAGUGCAUAGAUGCUGUUGGGGCGACCAAAGUCGUCUAUAACAAUCUCUACGAUCCAAUUUCUCUGGCCCGUGAUCACGAUGUCAAACAGAAGCUGGUAGAGUGUGGAAUUUCUGUGCAGAGCUUUAACGGAGAUUUGUUGUAUGAACCAUGGGAAGUGCAUGAUGAGAAGGGCCAAGCCUUUACAACCUUCAAUGAAUACUGGGAUAAGUGCUUGCAUGAGCCAUUUGAAUCUGCCUUGCUUCUUCCUCCAUGGCGAUUGGUACCUCCUGCAGGAAUAAUUGAAAGCUGUUCGAUUGAGGAACUGGGUCUUGAAGAUGAAUCAGAAAAGUCUAGCAAUGCUUUACUAGGAAGAGGAUGGUCCCCUGGUUGGAUGAGUGCUGAUAAAGCCCUCAAUGAAUUUGUUGAUCGACAUCUGCUUAACUACUACAUAAAUAGGCAGAAGGUGGAAGGGACCUCAACAUCACUCUUGUCCCCACAUCUUCAUUUUGGUGAAUUAAGUGUGAGAAAGGUCUUCCAGUGUGCAAGGCUGAAGCAGAUUUGUUGGGCAAAAGAGGGCAACUCUGAUGGGGAGGAGAGUGUGAGACAUUUUCACAGGGCUAUUGGUCUCAGAGAAUAUUCACGUUAUCUUUGCUUCAACUUUCCGUUUACUCACGAGCGAUCAUUGCUUGGAAGUUUGAGAUAUUUUCCUUGGCGUGCUGAUCAGGAAAAUUUUAAGGCUUGGAGACAGGGUCGGACUGGUUACCCAUUGGUGGAUGCAGGAAUGAGAGAGCUUUGGGCAACGGGGUGGUUACACAACAGGAUUAGAGUUAUUGUUUCAAGCUUCUUUGUGAAGUUCCUGCUGCUUCCAUGGACAUGGGGGAUGAAGUACUUCUGGGACACCUUGUUGGAUGCUGACUUGGAAAACGACAUCCUUGGUUGGCAAUAUAUCUCAGGCAGCUUACCAGAUGGUCAUGAGCUCAACCGUCUUGACAGCCCAGAGGUUCAGGGCUGCAAGUAUGAUCCAGAGGGUGAAUAUGUGAGGCGCUGGGUUCCUGAGCUAGCAAGAAUACCCACUGAGUGGAUUCAUCAUCCUUGGGAUGCUCCAAGAACAGUGCUUAGAGCUGCAGGAGUGGAUUUGGGUUUAAACUAUCCAAUGCCUAUUAUCAAAAUAGAUUUUGCUAGAGAGCGCUUAAGUGAUGCUAUAUCUAUGAUGUGGGAAUCAAAAGCAGCUGCAAGGACCACAAUGUCAAAUGGUACAAAUGAAGUUGUUGUUGACAACUCUGAUGCUAUUGAAAAUUUGGAAAUUCCAAGGAUUAUGUUAAAAGAAAGAAUUUCCUGCAGUACUAAUUCUUCUCAUGAUCAAAGGGUUCCCUCAAUUCAAAAUCUAAAGAAUGGUCCAUCUGAGCGGAAGAGAUCCAAAUGCUGGGAAGCUGAGGAAUCUCUCCACGAUAACUUGCAAAGUGUCAUCAAUCAAUCUGAUAUGUCGAGGACAAUUGAAGACUUAUGUUCUACUGCUGAAUCAUCUGCUAAGAAACGAAGCACCAGUGAAAAUCAGUCCUCUGUUUCUCAUUUUUAUUCCACAUUAUUGAAAAGGGAAUCUUUGGAUGAGCAUGAACUUCCUGCCUCUUCACGACCAUUGCAUGAACAAUUUGACUUGGAAGAAGCUUCAAGCAAAGAAGGAGGAACUGGAAUUUGAUGCCUGCAUCAGUCUUAAAAGCGUGGGAUGAGGAAAAGAAAUGGCAAGAAUAGAUUCAUCAUUCUAUUCCAAUCUAAUCAAGAAUGGGAGAACGACCGGUUUGGGUAUCUCGAUUGAAAUACCCAUAAAUAUUAUUUUUCAUAGGUUUCAUUGUUCUUGCUACGUUUUAUCUCUGUUGGUGUACCCUGAUGUUCUUUAUAAUGCAACCCACAUCUUUCAUUUCAGUUUAGUGAUUGAAUGUCGAUGUUCUAUCGAUUCAUCCACUUUUGCAUCCUUCUUACCUUUCUACUUCUUCGAAACACAUAUAUUCUUUGUCUUUGAGCCAGAGCUUAUCAGGUCCUUCUUCUUCUUACCACCACACUUAAUAGAAUUUCCACUGCAGUUCUCUGAUUUCUUCUCUAUGCUGUUAACAGUCCCUACCACUGGUGAUAUGUUCAUUACUAUAUCCUCAGAUCUCCGGACUCUUUGGCAGUGAUUAGGAACCCUUUCUUCGUCUAAAGCAUCACUU